CUUAGUCUUCAAUUAUUAUUAAAUAAAUAAAAAUGAAUUUGUUGAAAUAGUGUAAGCAAUUAUUAAAAACUAGAUGUUUGUAAAAUGAACUAGCAUAUUAAAUUUCAUAUUAUUCUAAAUUGCAAAACAGAAAAAUCAUCAGUUUAAGUGGAAAAGAUGCUAAGAGUAUAUUAUAGGGAAUUUAAACUAAUGAUAUGAAUCUUUUCAGUUAAUAGAGUAAUAAAGCUGCUUUAUAUACUUAAUUUCUCAAUCCUCAAGGUAGAAUUAUCUUCGAUGCUUUGAUUAUCAGACCUUAAGUAGUAAUUUAAGGAGAAUUAAAAACUAAAGAGGAUGAAUAUUGGAUAGAUUUAGAAUCAAAAUAAGGAGCUGAUUUUAUAAAGCAUAUAAAAAAAUAUUGUUUGAGAAAGAGGGUUUCUUUAGCAGAUUUCACUAACAAAGUCAAUGUUGUUACAGUUUAUAGUGAUUUGAUCAUGUAGCAAAAAGAAUAAGAAGGAGAUUAUUGGAAUCAUUUAGAUGCUUCAAUUUAUGAAAAAACAUAAGAUGAGAUUUACACAUAAGUAUGCUAUACAGACCCAAGAUGCUCAAAUCUUGGUAUGAGAUGCAUAGUACCUUCUUAGGAUCAAUUGCAAUUAGACAAAACAAUUGAAGAGAAAUCAUAGGAUAUUUAUGACGCUUAAAGACUUGUUUUGGGAAUAGCAUAAGGAUCUGAAGUUGCUGAUAGAUUACCCUUCACAGUUAAUUUAGACUUCUUAAAUGGUGUAAGCUUCACUAAAGGUUGCUAUGUUGGUCAAGAGUUGACAGCAAGAACAUACCAUACAGGAAUUGUGAGAAGAAGAGUAGUCCCAUUCGUAUUGGGUGAUAAUUAAAAACAUUAAUUAUAAAACAAUGUGAUAAAUCCAUCAGGAGUUAAUAUGUAUGACCCAAACUUUAAUGAGUCUCUUGAAGGUGAGUCAAUGCUUGAUAAAAACUCAAAUGAAGUUGGAAAAAUUUUAUAUAACAAAGGUAAUGUUGGAAUUGCUUUGGUGAAGUAUUUGGAAAGAGGAAGUAACACUGAUGAUUUAUCAUUUUAAGCAAAGAAUAUCAAAGGCCAGCUUAUUUAUAGCUCAUGGCUUAACUAAAAAAUAAAUGAAUAUGUUUAAAUCAUAAAGGAAAAGGAGGAAAAAGCUGCUAUGUUUUGAGAAUUGUUUUAAUACUUUUUAUGAAAUAUUUAUAAAUGAUCGAUAGAUAGAUAGAUCAAGAAAGAUAUCUAGAUCUAAUUUAAUAAGAAAGUAAAUAAAUAAUUAAUUAAAAGGAAAUGUAAUAAAUCUAUUAUUUAUUAUUGUAUUCAUCAAUCCAUCAUAUUGCUUCAUAUUUUAAAAUCCAGUAUAAAAUUCUUGUAAUAAACUUAUCCUUC